ACUGAAAGACACGACCAGAUAGACUUAUGUAAUGAAAACGAGGCAGCAGUGUUAUUGUGUGGUUACAAUAGAUUAGAAUCUCCACAGAAUCAUGUCAACGUCUGUGGUGUCACCAGCGAUGAUUCUAUUGAUGUUUUGGGGGAAGGAGACGACAAACAUUUGAUCAAAGAGUCGAGGAAACUCGGACAAGUAGAUCGAGAGGAUCAAAAUAAAAGUGGCAAGCUUGUUGAGUCGCACGGUAGAUCUAACAGCGGGUCAUGUUCUAUGGCAAAUUCGGAACCAGGUUCUGAAAGCGCGCCACCCAAGUCAAGUAAUGAAAUCUUUUUGUAUUUGGGGGAUGGUUUAGAGUCGGGUGAGACUGGACAACUUUCACAAGAUGAGAAGGUAAAAGAUGUUGGCGUUGUUGUGGACAGCACUAGAGACAAGGAGACAAUCUGUGACACGGGAGUCUCUCUCAAUAAAAAUGGCAUUUUGCUGACAGAAGCUAUACUUGUUCCUGAUUCGAAGAUUCCUAGAAGACAAACGAGUGUUAUGUUCAAACUUGAUGAUUCGAAUCAGGAAAGCUCCGAUAAUGAAUACCAUUCCAAUACAGCAGCACAACAACAUUCAAAUCACAACGACGACAAAAGUACUGGAGAUUCUUUGAGAACACAUGGCUCAACUGUUUUAUCAGCUCAACAAAGCGUUGACACUCAGCAAACUUCCCAGUUACUGGAAGAGACAAACAAAGCAUCUCAGACGCCUCCCUCAAAUGUCUCAAAGACAGACGGCAGUUCUGCCAAGAAACUCUCCAAAUCGUCCAAGAAAGGUAACAGACAGGGCAAUAGCUUGGUAAAAGUCCUGAGCCAUCAUCUCAGCGAUCGAGAGACCAGCAGCAGCUACGUGGAGGACGAUGAUGUCUCCGCCAGUAAUCUGCACCGGUUCUUCAAUCUGAGAAAACUCCGAGGCUUCACUGGAUCCGGAAACUCAAACCGGUCCUCCAAGUCGACUGCUUCUCGGAAUCGCUUCCGGCGAGAGAAACACAUGACCAUGAUGUUGCUAUCGGUGACCGCUGCCUUCCUGCUGUCCUGGGUCCCGCCCUGGUUCAUCUACAUGACCUUCAUCUAUAAAAUUCCCGUCUUCUCCGACCCCAUCCUGGCGCGCGUGGCUCACCGGCACCUGGACCGCAUCCACCUGGUCAGCUUUGUGGCCAACCCCAUCAUCUACUACACCUUCAACCCCACCUUCAGGACAAAGGCCAAGGAGCUCCUCAGGUGUCUCUGCUGCUGCUGUUGCCGCAAGCGGGAUGCCGGGGAGAGCCAGGGAUGAUGGAGGAGAGAGCAAAACAUAAUGGAGGAGAGAGUCAGGCAUCAUGGAGGAAAGGAGAGAGUCAGGCAUCAUGGAGGAGAGGAGAGAGCCACGCAUCAAGAAGGAGAGGAGAGAGCCUGGCAUGAUGGAAGAGAGAGCUAAAAGGGAUGGGGGAGAGAGCUAAACGGGAUAAAGGAGAUGAGAGAGCCAGAGCUAAACAGGAUGUUCAAGAGAGCCAGACAUGAUGGAGAAGAAGGGCUAGUCAGGGCGGCGACAAUCUUCGCAGAUCUACCCCGUCCCAUCUCCCCUUCGCUCUCACUUUUUUCCUCCCCCCUCUCCCUUUUCCCACAUCCCCCCUCCCCAUCUC